CGGAGCCGGCGGCAGAGAGGGUGCACGGGGAACGGCGGUGCCGUACGUGGAUCAAGAUGUGGCUGAGGGUGCUGGCGAUGGCGGCGGCCGCUCUGGCCGCCCCGCGGGAGCAGAUCUGUGGAUACGACAAAUGUCCGGCGGGUAAGCAGGACAUGUUGAACGUGCACCUGGUACCACACACACACGACGACGUGGGCUGGCUGAAGACCGUCGACCAGUACUUCUACGGAGCCAAGUCCGAGAUCCAGCGGGCUGGCGUUCAGUACAUCCUGGACUCGGUGAUACAAGAGCUGGUCAAGGAUCCAGAGAAACGUUUCAUAUACGUGGAGACGGCGUUCUUCUGGCGCUGGUACCUGCAGCAGGACGAGCAGACAAUCGCCACUGUGGAGAACCUCGUCAACGAGGGACGGCUCGAGUUUAUCGGCGGCGGCUGGAGCAUGAACGACGAGGCCUGCGUCCACUACAACGCCGUCAUCGACCAAAUGUCGCUCGGCAUGAGGACGCUGUUCGACCACUUCGGGCCGUGCGGUAUUCCUCGGGUGGCCUGGCAGAUCGACCCGUUCGGACACACCAAGGAGCAGGCGAACAUGUUUGCCCAGAUGGGUUUCGACGGCUAUUUCUUCGGCCGUCUGGACUACGACGACAAGAAGCGGCGGAUGAACGCCUCGGAGAUGGAGAUGGUGUGGCUUGCCAGUCAGGACCUUGGCUCGGAGUUGUUCACGGGCGUGCUGCCCAACAUGUACCAGCCUCCGUCCGGCUUCUGCUUCGAUAUCCUCUGCGACGACGCGCCGAUCAUGGAUGACCGCCGGCUGCAUGAUUAUAAUGUGGACCAGAAGGUAACGCCGCUAACGGGCCGCGAGACUGGAGAGAUUUUCACGGGCGCCCUCUACAACAUUUACGCUCCGCCCCCCGGCCACUGCUAUGACGUCAAUUGUAACGACCAACCAAUCAUGGACGACAAGCGGCUGAAAGAUUACAAUGUCGAUGAAAAGGUGGAUGAUUUUAUUGCAUAUUCCAAGAAGCAGGCAAAGUCGUUUAAGACGAACCACAUUGUCAUGACAAUGGGAGAAGAUUUUCAUUAUCAAGACGCCGGCAUGUGGUUUAAAAACAUGGACAAGCUCAUCAAGUCCACGGUCAACGAUUUUCUGAAAGCUGCGAAGGAGCAGAGUAAAUGGUACAAGAGCAACAACAUCGUCAUGACAAUGGGCAGCGAUUUCCAGUAUCAGGACGCUCACGUUUGGUAUAAAAACCUUGACAAGCUGAUCAAGUACGUGAACGCCCGCCAAAGCGGCGGUGAGAAGGUCAACGUGUUCUACUCCACGCCUUCCUGCUACCUCAAGUCCCUGCACGACGCCAAACUGGUCUGGCCCACCGUCGAGGACGACUUCAUGCCGUACGCCAGCGAUCCGUGGGCCUACUGGAGUGGGUACUUCACCUCCAGGCCCGCGCAGAAGGGCUACAUCCGCAAGUCCAACAACUUCCUCCAGGUGUGCAAGCAGCUGACGGCGAUGAUGCAGACCGAGAGGACGUACGAGACUCCCAACCGGGUGGACUAUCUGCGCUACGCUAUGGGCGUCAACCAGCACCACGACGCCGUCACAGGCACUGAGAAACAGCACGUAGCCAAUGACUACAUCCAGCGCCUGAGCGAAGCCACCGACUCCUGCCAGGGCGCCGUCAAUGACGCGCUGACCCGGGCGGGCCUGCCGGUGCAGACGUUCUGCAAUCAUCUGAACACGUCGGUGUGUCACGUGACCGAGCAGAGCGGCAAGUUCGUGGCGUACGUGUACAACCCGUUGUCACGGAGCGUCAGUCCUUGGGUUCGAAUCCCGGUGGCCGGGGAUGCCUACACCAUUCUGGAUCCGGAAGGUCAGGCCGUGGCCUCCCAGCUGAGCCCCAUCCCGGCCGAGGUGCUGUCUCUACCGGGUAGGAACUCCUCGGCCGUUGCCGAGCUGGUGUUCCAGGCCUCUGACCUGCCGCCACUCGGCUUCAAGGGGUACUUCAUCCAGCCAGCCCCGGGUGCUGCCACCUCUCAGGUGUCCACUGAGCGGCCCGGCCUGCAGAGCCUCUCCAAUGGUCACGUGACCCUUGACCUUGACCCGGAGACCCUUCGGCUGGGCAGAGUUCGCGCCGGGAAGGCUGACAUUCAGGUAAACCAAACCUUCAUGUGGUAUGAAGGCUACGGAAACGCCAGUGGGUCCAAGUGGGAGCGUCCACAGAGGCCCACGGGCGCUUACAUCUUCAACCCCAAGGGCGAGGCUCAAGCCAUCGAGGCCAAGUCGGUGGUGACGCUGGACGGAGCUCUGGUGAAGGAGUACCGACACACGUUCGACAUGGACUGGGUCUCCCAGGUGACCCGGCUCUACAAAGACGAGCCCUUCGCUGAGGUCGAGUGGAUGGUCGGGCCCAUUCCCAUCGAGGACGGUGUGGCCAAGGAGGUGAUCAGCCGCUUCAGCAGCGCUGUCAACUCCACCGACACCUUCUACACAGACUCCAACGGACGCCAGAUGAUGAAGCGUCGUCGCAACCACCGUGACACGUGGACCCUGAACGUCACGGAGCCGGUGGCCGGAAACUACUUCCCGGUUAAUUCCCGAAUCUUCAUCAAAGACGCCGACAGCCAGCUAACCGUACUCACCGAUCGAUCGCAAGGUGGCAGCAGUCUCGCCAGUGGCCAGGUGGAACUCAUGCUGCACCGCCGCACGGUGCAGGACGACGCGUUCGGCGUGGGCGAGCCGCUGAACGAGACCGAGUUCGGCGUGGGUCUGGUGGUGCGCGGUCGUCACUGGGUGGUGGUCAGUGACCCGGCCGACGCUCCCAAGCUGCACCGUGACCUCGCAGAACAGAUGUUCAUGGCGCCCCAGCUGAGCUUCGCCGCCGCCGACUUCAUGACGCCGGAGAUGUGGAGCAGCGCCAAGGUGAUCAAGCAGUUCACAGGCAUGCAGCCGCUGCCUGCCAACGUGCACCUGCUGACGCUGGAGAUGUACAAACCGAACCAGCUGCUGAUCCGACUGGAGCACCAAUUCCAGGCCGACGAGGAUCCCACGCUCAGCAAACCUGUCGACGUUAACCUCAAGGACCUGUUCACCACGCUGAACGUGACGUCAGUGGAGGAGUUCGGCCUGUCGGCGGACCGCCCCUUGAAGGACAUCAACCGCCUCCACUGGGACCACGUGCAGUCCAACCGGCUGCCCAAGAACUUCCGGGGCGCCGCGCACGAGGUGUACCGCAGCACCGGCGCCGAGCACGACCCGCUCACGGUGACCCUGAACCCGAUGGAGAUCAGGACGUUCGUGGCGUCAUACCAGAGCCCGUACCCGCUGCCGACCCCACCGGCCCAGCCUACCGAGUAACCUGAGGCCACGUCCCCGUGAGGGGUGACCUCAGCCGAGGUCAGGGGGUCACCGCUGCUGUGCAGGUAGUCCCACGCGUGUGUAUACGUGUGUGCGUGUAGUCACGCCUGGUUUCUGUGUGUACCGCUGUAGAUAUUUUCAGCUUUUGCGACGAUUCGUUCGCCCGCGCUAAUGGUGAAUCUGACGUGUGGUGGAAGUGGUGGAAACUGGGCGGAGAUGCGCUGAACCCUAAUUGGGCGCCGAAUGCCGAAGUUCUA